UACGUCAUCUAUCUGCUUUGUGACAUGUAUAAAAAAUUUGUAAUCGUAUUAUUUGUUAGUAUCUUAUUUAGAAAUUUCGCAGCGCGAAAAAGCGAAGAAAAAUGUAAAGAAUAUGCUGAUCUGGUUUACCAAACUGAGCAUUCACCAGUUUUACGCUUCGAUGUUGGCUCGAACAGAGUUUCCCAUUGCGCAAUUAUCGAAACGCCUCUCAUCAUUGGCGGAGUCAAAGCAAAGUUUGCAGAAUUUCCACAUAUGGCAGCGAUCGGUUACGGUGAGGACAAAGACAUUAGCUGGCAAUGCGGAGGAAGUAUUAUUUCCGAACAUUUUAUUCUGACAGCAGCGCAUUGCGUGGAAUCUCCAAGCAAUGGACCCGCGACGAAAGUACGAGUUGGCUUGAUUGAUUUGUUGUCUCCAGGCGACGCUGUGCAGGAAAGAAAAAUUGUGAAGAGUAUAAAGCAUCCGAAUUAUAAGCAUGCAGUUAGCUAUCAUGACAUAGCACUAUUUAAACUCGAUCAACCAUUAGAACUAAACCCUAAAGUGCGGCCAGCAUGUCUUGAAGCAAACUCGCAAAUUCAAGGAAAAAGUGCCAUCGCUUCUGGAUUUGGAAAAACUUCUUAUGAAUCUAACGUUGGCAGCAACGAGUUAAUGAAAGUUCAGUUGGAUUAUAUAUCAGAAGACGAUUGUAAAAAAAGUUAUACCGAGGACCUCGGUUCUCGGCGAUUACCUCAAGGCCUCAUACCAAAUCUACUUUGCGCUGGUAUAAUGGAAGGAGGCAAAGAUACCUGCCAGGGUGAUAGCGGUGGUCCCUUACAAAGAGUUCUUGUAGAACCUUAUUGCAUGUAUAGCAUUGUGGGUGUGACGAGCUUCGGCAAGUUUUGUGCUUUUAAAUCUAUGCCUGCGGUGUAUACUAAAGUCAGUUCUUACACUGAUUGGAUUGAGAACAUUGUUUGGCCAUAAAACAUCUAACUUUGAAAGAUAUUAAAUUUAUAUUAACACACAUAUAUCUGGUUUCAAUCUUUACGAUUAUAAUUGUAAAAUGUAUACAGGGUAUCCCAAAUUGUAACAUACCAACGCAUUAGGGACGUAGAGCUAAGCGAAAGAAACAAAAAAGUCCUCUUUCAAUUAGCGAUAUUUCGCAUAGUUUUUUAAUAAUAACCGCGUAAAGUUUGGCGUUUGUCACACUCAUCACGGCCUAUAGACGCUCCGCGGUGAACUGUAUGCGUCGAGGUAUGCCCCAGUGUUGGGGGCAUUUAAGGCCCGGUCCAGGGUAUCGAUCAUGUAACU